AUGCUUUACAUACCUAGUCUUUUGACUCUAGCCACGAUAGUGGCUGGCCACAUCAUGGGAGUUUCUCCCGAAAACCAGCACUUAUAUGAUGUAAGUGACGAUGGAACAUGGAGAUGUCUUCUGGAUCCGUCCAUUGUGCUCCAGGCUCACCAGAUCAAUGACAAUUUUUGCGAUUGUCCAGAUGGAUCUGAUGAGCCAGGGACCAAUGCCUGUGAAUUCACAGAGGAUGCUCCUCGGUAUUUCUAUUGUGCCAAUGAGGGGUAUAUACCUAAAUACAUCGAGAAUUUCAAGGUGAACGAUGGUGUCUGCGACUACGAUGUGUGUUGUGACGGAUCUGAUGAGUAUCUUAGCGGAAAGUGUGAAAAUAGAUGCGGUGAAGUGAUGCAGCAGUACCAAAAUUACAUAAAUGACAAACGUCUGGCCAUGGUGAACGCAUUAAAGUUCAAGGAUGAAUUGGUGGCCAAGGCAAGGGUGAAUAAAGCCAAAUUAGAGGAAAAGGUUGCAAGUAUGAAGAGUGAAUUGCAAUCCAAAACGCAAGACCUCGAAAGUUUGAAUCAGCAGUUGAAAGAGGCAGAAGAUGAAGAAGCGAACGAUGAGAAUUUCUCUCAAUCAAUAUUGAAUGAGCUUGCUAGCUAUGCCGAGCUGAUUGAGAACCAGUUCUCACAAUUGUUCGCUUCCUCGAACGCACAAAAGGAAAGAGUCGCCCAGCUUGAGCAGUUGCUUGCUGACUUAGUCAAGAACUAUAACCCCAACUUCAACGAUCUCUCAGUUAAGCAAUGUGUAAAGCUGUUUGAGGAGUACAUUUCCAACAAGCCUCAGGAAAGCGAAAACCAGCCAACCCUCGAAAAAUUCAAGGAGGGCUUUGCAUCAUUAGCAGAAAAAUUGAAGUUGUGGCUGCCUGUCUCCACCCCCGGAAUCGCUAUUGUACCUAAUUUGGGCAAUAUGAUGCAUUACUACUACGGUCAACUCAUUUCGAACUUCAAGCCAAAAGAACCCACAAAUGAGGGUCAGACUCCGAAAAGAAGAUUUACGGGAUCGUUGUCUAAACUCAAGGAAAAGAUAUCCUCUGCUGAGAAGGAUAUCAAUGCUCAAAUGGCAGACUUUUCGAUUCACGACGACAGCCUUCAGAAAAACUACGGACCCAAUGAGAUUCUCCGGGCUGUGGAGGGUGAAUGGGUCAACAAAAAGAUCGGCGAGUACACGUAUAAGCUUGGAUUUUUAGAUGCUAUUUACCAGGACAACACAUUGGUUGGUCGAUUUGCCAAUUUCGACGGAUCUUCGUUACAUUACACGCAAGGAAGCAAAUGCUGGAAUGGUCCACAGCGGUCAGCAGUGGUGCAGAUCGUCUGUGGCCCACUGAACGACUUAGUUUCUGUCAGCGAGCCGGAGAAGUGCCAGUACAAAUUCAUUCUCGAGUCUCCAAUCGGAUGCUCACAAAUGUCCAAUGAUGAAAUUGGCGAAUCCUUUAAAGUAGACACGUCUGGCUUCAAUUAG